AUGUCCAUUAAAGAUCUUGAUUGGUGUAGCUUUCUGGUUGCUUGUUUAAAUCGGAGCAAAAAGUUGUUGAAAUUUAAAUCAAAUGCAAAAGAUAUCAAGAGUCCUCAAUAUACUCAACAUGUUGCAUUUCUAGUGUUAUUGUAUCUUCAUUGUACAAAGAUAUCUUUAGAAUCAUUGGAUAUAGUAUAUUCAGCCUCAUCUUAUUGGUCUCCAACAAAAGCUAAAGAUAAAUUGAAAGAAGCUUUUAGUAGUGGAGGUUAUGAAAAUGUUGAAGUUACAAAAACAUAUGAAGAAUUUGUUGAUGAUGCAAAAGUUAAAGAUUCAAAAACCUAA